GUCCCGGUAAAGCGGCGGCGCGGGCGGCGGGGCUCCGCACCAUGGAGGGGCACCUGGCUCGCUGCAAGAUCGUGGUGGUGGGGGACACGCAGUGCGGCAAGACCGCACUGCUGCACGUCUUCGCCAAGGAUUGCUACCCCGAGAGCUACGUGCCCACCGUCUUCGAGAAUUACACGGCCAGCUUCGAGAUCGACAAACAGCGCACCGAGCUCAACAUGUGGGAUACCUCAGGCUCAGCAUAUUAUGAUAACGUCCGGCCCUUGGCGUACCCAGACUCAGACGCUGUGCUCAUCUGCUUCGACAUCAGCCGCCCAGAGACCCUGGACAGUGUGCUCAAGAAGUGGCAAGGGGAAACACAGGAGUUCUGCCCCAAUGCCAAGAUUGUGCUGGUGGGCUGCAAGCUGGACAUGCGGACAGACCUGAACACGCUGCGGGAGCUCUCCAAGCAGCGCCUCAUCCCCGUCACACACGAGCAGGGCAGUGCACUGGCACGGCAGAUUGGGGCAGUGGCCUAUGCAGAGUGCUCCUCCAAGGUCUCUGAGAACAGCGUGCGGGAUGUAUUUCAUGUGACCACGCUUGCCUCUGUCGGCAGGGCGCACAAGAACCUGAAGCGCAGCAACUCCAAGCGGGGACUGAAGCGAGUGUCACAGAUGCCUGGCAGGACAGACUUGCUGAGUGACACAGAGAUCAGGAAAGACCGAGCCAAGAGCUGCUCCAUCAUGUGAAAAAGGCUGUAAAUAGUGUCUGUGUGUUGUCCAUUUUGUACAGUAACUGGCUGAGACGAGGGCACAGUGCUGGCUGCAGGAGCCAGCUUGCCUUCCCCAAAGCCUUUCUCUCAGGCUCUAGGGCUGAGCAAAGGUGCCAGCUGCAAACCAGGGUGCCUGAGUUGCCCCCCACUGUGGAGACUUCUGGGUUGGCUGCUGCUGUGCUGAUUGCUUGGGGUGAAGGAACUACUCAGCAGAGGAGUAUUCAGGUGCUGAAAGGUUUGUAACUGGCUAAAACAAAAUACAAGGUAGUGCUCCUGUGUGUCACCCUCUGGUACCCACAGCCCAGCCCCUGCACCUGUGUGCAGGCUGCAGCACACACAGCUUGGUGCAGGGGUUGUGUGGGAUCUGGGCUGGAGGGUGGGAGGUAGGUAGAACUGCUAGCAGCAGAAGUAUUCUUUCAAGCUUUCUUUAGAAGAGAAAUGAUGUUUGAGGUGGAGCUACCUUCAGCUAGGCUGGAGAGCAAGUCACCAUGGAAUGUGCUGGUCUGGGAGGGACCUUAACUUGUUGAUGCACCGUGGAAGGCCACCUACUGUGAAGAAAAUCCGUGGCUCUUUACAUGGUGUCUUAGCUACUCAAACUCCAUUUAAAAUACAGCAGAGUGGAUCUGGCUUCAAGGGCAAGGUUUAUGCCGGGAGAUGCAUCCUGAGAAUUCUGGUUCCCUUCAGCGAGCAAAUGCCACUCUGGAGCUUGUGUCCCAGCUGCUGACAGCCUGUUACUCAUCAGACUGCUCCUGCCAUGGGCAGCUGUGCUCCUGAGGCACGUGGCUUCGGAAAGAGCGGCCUGCAGUAACUGCCCAUAUCCUGCUCUCCACCCAUUUCCAGCUGCAUAUCGUGUUGCAUGGUGCUGUGUUUGUCUGGUGCAGAGAACCAAAAGAUGCUCCCUUCUGCACCCUGCCUCCUCCCCAUCUUGCCCUGCUGUGCAGCCUCCUUCCAACACCUCUCAUUGCUUCUGCUGCUGCCCUCUCUAAAUGCCUUUUACUACAGUGUUAGCCUUGACUUAAUGUCACAAAGACACUUUAAGGAAAAAAGUCUGCUGCAUUGCCAGAUCCAGCUGAAAACAAAUAAACAU